AUGAAGACGAGAAGCCCUUUGCAUACACAAUUGAAGCCAAAUGCAAAGUUCAUAAGAUCUACUCUAAAUUCCUUAAAACACUCAAAAGACCCAUCACAAAUCUUGGAAAACCUGAAAAGCCAAGAGUAUCAAUUAGAUCUUAUAUCCAAGGAUGAAUUAGUCACAUUGCUGAAUGAAUCAUAUUCGCUGAUAAAAGAAUCAGGCCAAGGAUUUCUGAGUUUCUGCGAGUUCAUUAACUCCAGCUACUCAAUUCGUGAUGUCAUACUUCAACGUCCGCUACAAUGUGGGCCACAGAUUAUCGCAACACUGUCAAAAGAAUUACAAAGAGGGAUACUGAAGCAAAGCGUUUUACUGAAAACUUUAGGCACUUUCUGCUACUCAGCUUGCUUCAACAAUUACAAAGUAGAAAGCGCAGUCUUAAGCGCAGUAAUUCCUUACGCAAUUUAGGAAUAAAAUGAUGUCGUUGAUGGAAAAUGGACUGCGAGCCUCGCUCCCUAUAGAGCAGGUAGGACCUAUUCAACCGAGCUGAAUUCCAGUGCCUUUGUGCAUAUAUUUGAGUUUGGGAAUACCUGCCGAAGAAAAAUGCUUGUUUCUCCCAAAAAUUUUCCUGUUUCUGCUAAGACGACACAAAUUUUCCUACCACAGUAUUUCCUUAUCGGGAUUGUGGUUCACUUUUCAAAGUAUGGUUCUGCCCCCCAAUAAAAUAGUCCUGCAUAUGGUUCAGAUUGGAAAUCAAAAAUGCAGCUUUCCAUUUCACUUAUUCGAACUCCAAAAUCAAUAUAGACUUGGCGUUUUGGAUCCAAUAAAAGGCGAUGGAUAGCGGUUUCCGUUAUGGUCAAUAAUUUUAAUGUAUCUUACCUUACUGCAAUUUUGAAUUUGAUGAGCAGACUUGCAGACUCGCAAUUAACUGCAUUGCUAAUAUGCUUUCAAAGUCAGAUGUUGCAGCUGUCCCUGCAAAAGAAAUUCUUCUCUAUUUUGUGGAGCUUUUAAGCUCUAGCACUAAAAUUGAUUCGGUGCACACGUACAAAUUAUACUGUAAUGUAAUGAGGGCAAUGCAGUUGGCAUUGCCUCAUUUUCCAAGUGAAGAGUUAAAUAAAGUGCUUUCUUUGGUGCUUACUAUGAAAAGAAUUAUCUAUUUAUGGCCUUCAUCAGAGUCUGAUCGGCCAAAAGAAGUUCUUUUGUCUUUAAUGAGCAUCAGCACAGAAGGGUCAGACAGUGAAAGCAAUUCUAACACCGAUGAUUUCUAUUAUAACAAAAUAAAGUGCUCUGCUUUAUUUUGCCUUCAAAUACUUUUCAAAAAAUAUUCAAAACAGCUGUUUUCAUUCUGGCCACUUUUCUUGCCUUCCUUUGAAGCUCCUCUCGACACAUUGUUGUCUAAGAAAUCACUGAUCUCACUUUUCGCGCAGGAAAAAUCAGUUAAAGUAAAAGCAGCUAUAGCUUCAACUAUAUCGAUUUUAAUCGAAAGCUCGCCUUUAAAUACCUUCCUGACUGAAGCUCCUGUUAUUUCUUCAAUGUUUAGUUUAAACCAAUGCAUAAAGCAAACUAUAUCUAAUUUAUUUGAAACUAUCCCGCAUUUUUUGGCUCAAGAAAAAUGCACACAAAUAGAAUGCUCGUUGAUAAAAGUUUCAAUUUCGCUCCUGAGCUUAAUGAGUGGCUAAGCAUAAAACUCACUCUCACUCUUCCGCCCUCUUUUCAUAUUAACAGCCUAGUCUUAAUAAUAAAGAAUAUGCUUAUUUUUAUGAUAUCCUAAUUCAAAUUUUAGGCUGUAUGUUAAUAUUGUACACACUAUUUAGAAAAAUUGAGAAUUCGACUGGAUUCAUGUUUAAAAUAUUAUAUUUAUCUAUUAAAUCCAUUAUUAAUUAGAAUAAAAAAUUUCGGUGUAUACUUAGAUAUGAAAUGAGGUAUUUAAUAUAUUAGCAAACAUGCUAGAAAUAGAGUAAUGGCAUAGAAGCAAAUAUAAUGCAAUAUCUCUUAUAUUUUAGUAUCAAUACUAGGCUGUUUGAUUUGAAAGAGGGUGAAUAGGCAUGUUUCAUACUUACUCCCCCCCUCGAAGUUCGACCAAGAUUUUUUUGGUCGAACUUCGAGGGGGGUUAAGAAAAAUUUUUUAAAAAAAAUUAUAUAGAAUUUUUUUUAUAUAAUUUAGUAGUUAAAAAAAAAAAAAAAUUAUCAUAUUCUCUGUAUGGUUGAGAGGGUGUAAGGGUUAGAAAAAAUAGUGCAAGAUGGUUUUCUAACGCUUUUUUAGAACUUGAAUACAAAAAUCGCAUAAAUAAAAUGGCAUUCGGUUCGAGAGAAAUUAGCUUUGCUAAUUUUCUCUCCCUCAUGGAAUUUUAUUUAUGGGGUUGGGUUUUCUCUCGAGAACUUCUGCACAGCAAUAGCUGUUUAACUUUGGGGGAUAACCAAAGGAACAGCUCCUCAGUGCGCUCAAGAUUUCGGAGUUUUAUCUCUCAGCACAUCCCCACGGGAGGAUGACCCUUAGGCGGAGCACGCGCAGGAGCUGAGUCGGGCAAGGGCGACAGCAUCGCGCCGGGUGAGACGUGCGGCGAAGAAGGGCGAAGUGCAGGUGAAGGCUUGGCCGGUGGGCUAACCAUCGCGAUUCCAAGAUGGCCCGGCAACGUCAUCAAUUUUCGCUAUAACUCCAUUUUUAUGGGGUGCGGCACUAGACACCUUAAAUACCAGACACUAAGUUAAGGUAAGUUAAGAAUACAAAAAUCGCAAACUCACCCCCACAUAGUUUAAAAAUUUUUGAAAAAUUGCUUAUUUUCCUAGUAAAUUUAUAUAGGUCUUGGUCGAACUUUGAGGGGGGUUAAUUUUCCAAAAAAAUAGGAAUUUUCCCUAUAUCUUGGUCGAACUUCGAGGGGGGGGAGUUAGCGAAAUGAGGAUUGAAGCUAUUGACAGAAAACACAUCAAAGCUAUGAUAAAAGCUUUCUUUUCUAAAAUCAGCAGCAAUGAUUUGAACUUAAAAUCCGCGUUGCUCUCUGUAUUUGCUGCUUUAUUUAGUGAAAGAAAUGAGGAAGCAAGAUUCAUUUUGAGUCCACAGUUUAUUCAAGGCAUAUUUUAUGCAGACGAUUUGCAUUCUGAAAGACUUCAAGUUUUUGAGAAAAUUGUAAAGUCAUUUCCAGAAGUAUUGAUAGGAACUGAUAUGUGGCUAAUAGAAAUUUUAUCGAAGUUUAUUAAUAGCGAAGACCAAAAAGUGCAGUCAAGUGCAUUUGAUGUUAUCGAAGAAAUUAUUAAAAUAGGGAAAUCACUUUCUAUAAUGCUAUUUGUAGUAGACUUAACGUUUAAAGCAAUGCAAAACAAUGACAACGAAAGAAUGGCAUUAUGCUUUACUGCGCUAUCCUCAGCCAAUUUAUAUCCAAUGCUUUCUAUUUCUCAGCUUGAACAGCUUUUUUCAUUUAUCAAAUCGCUACAAAAAUUUAAAUCGAAUCUUUUUCCAUUAAGAUGCAGUGUGCUAAAAUUAAUUGGGUCAUUCGCUAGAAACAGUAAUUUGCCAGCUGAUUAUUUUUCUACAAUAAUAAACUUUACUUUAUCUCAUAGCACAUCAGGAAACCAAAAUCUUUACAUCAGCUGCUCAUAUGCGCUUUCAUUUUUAUGCACUAGCAAGCAGUCGCUAAGCUGAAUUCCAAAUAUCACAUCCAUCCUUGAAGUGAACAGCAAAAACAAAAAGGAAAAAAUUGGGCUCUUUCGAACGAUAGAAGAUACGGUGUUUCCCUAAAAUCCGGAUAUAUUAUUUCAGUAAGUUUAAAGUUUCUAUAUAUCAUAGUUAUUCGGAUUCAUUGUUUCCUGCAAAUACUAAAAAUCAAAAUUAAAUUUACUAUUAAAUCAAACGGUAGAAAAAAAUUUUCCUACUCAUUUAUACACAAGAGAGGCGUAUUCAUUAAAUUACAGAAUUAUAGGUCAUGAAAUAACGAACCUGUUCUUAUACUACGAGAAAUAUUCAGUCAUUUCAUGAGAAUAUAAGCCAUGGAAAUCUAUAAAAUAAGAGAAUAAGGAGUCUAAUAGUAAAAAAAUGAUGAAUGCUUAUAUUAUUAGUUUAAAUAAGUCAACGUGAUAUUAAAUAUCAGAUCCAUUUGUUUCUUAAAAAACGAAAAAGUUUCGUUUUUUAAGGAAACAACGGUUUGAUAGAUAUGAAAAGAUAAUUAUGAAAACUGCAUUCCUAUGCGCAUUUUGAUGUCAAAUAUUAUUACAGAAACAUAUAACAAUACGCGCACGAGACUAUCAAAAAACGGAGCAAAUGCAAGCAAUCUUUUGCAGAUCAAUUUUCUGAUUUUAUAGACAUAUAAAUAAGAACCUUUUACAAACUGAAAAUACAAAUCCGUUCUUUCAUUAAAUUACGAAUUAGUUCAUUCCCUAAAAAUUUCCGGGAAUUGGAGCUCCUUAAAAAAAAAACUUGUUUUAUGCUAAAUUUUUGAACCCAUUUUUCAUAUUUCACUGUAUUAAUUGAAGAAUUAAGAGAAAUUACUAAUAUUUAGUAUUUCUAUUAAAGAGAGAAACCCUUUCAGCUUGCUGUUGCAAUCUAGUAGCCACUGAAAGUAGAAUACCACUCAAUAAGCUCAGAGUUUUACCUAUCAGCAUAUCUCCACGGGAAGAUAACCUUUAGGCGGAACACACGCAGGAGCUGAUUUAGGGCGAGCGACGGCAACGCGCCGGGUGUGAGACGUGCAAGCGACUGGAGACUAACGUUGGCAGAAUGCUUGGCCGGUUAGGCUGACCACGCGAUUCCAAGAUGGCUCCGUGACGUCACUAGUUUAGCUAAAAUUCCUUUUUAGGGCUGCGGCGCUAGACACCUUUAAACACCGAAUAAUUAAGCAAUAAGUAAGUAAGUAAGAUAUUUUGUAUGUUUGCGCCAUUAUAUUUUAUAAUGGCGCGAAAAUUAUUAAAUAAUUUGCACAUAAAGUCUGUAAACCAUUUAAUACAGUAUUUUUAAAUUUUGAUAUGUGGACUGCGAUAUGGCUUAUUAAACCUGAGGAUUUUAUAGUAAAAUUUUAAAGUAUUGUAUUUUAUAUAGCGCUUUCCCGAGGAUGGCGCGGAAUGGCGCCAUCCUCGGGAAAGCGCUAUAUAUAAUGCUAACUGUAAUAUUGCUGUAGAACGUCUUUUUGGCAGGACUUCUACAAUAAUUUUUGCGUUAAUUUUAAUAGAUAUAUAAGCUAUUAAUUUAUUCAUAAUUACUCAAGCAAGAUAAUUGCUAUUUAAGAAGCAGAUACAGUGAAAUAUGAAAAAUGGGUUCAAAAAUUUUAGCAUAAAACAAGUUUUUUUUUUUUAAGGAGCUCCAAUUCCCGGAAAUUUUAGGGAAUGAACUAAUUCGUAAUUUAAUGAAAGAACGGAUUUGUAUUUUCAGUUUGUAAAAGGUUCUUAUUUAUAUGUCUAUAAAAUCAGAAAAUUGAUCUGCAAAGAUUGCUUGCAUUUGCUCCGUUUUUUGAUAGUCUCGUGCGCGUAUUGUUAUAUGUUUCUGUAAUAAUAUUUGACAUCAAAAUGCGCAUAGGAAUGCAGUUUUCAUAAUUAUCUUUUCAUAUCUAUCAAACCGUUGUUUCCUUAAAAAAACGAAACUUUUUCGUUUUUUAAGAAACAAUGGAUCUGAUAUUUAAUAUCACGUUGACUUAUUUAAACUAAUAAUAUAAGCAUUCAUCAUUUUUUACUAUUAGACUCCUUAUUCUCUUAUUUUAUAGAUUUCCAUGGCUUAUAUUCUCAUGAAAUGACUGAAUAUUUCUCGUAGUAUAAGAACAGGUUCGUUAUUUCAUGACCUAUAAUUCUGUAAUUUAAUGAAUACGCCUCUCUUGUGUAUAAAUGAGUAGGAAAAUUUUUUUCUACCGUUUGAUUUAAUAGUAAAUUUAAUUUUGAUUUUUAGUAUUUGCAGGAAACAAUGAAUCCGAAUAACUAUGAUAUAUAGAAACUUUAAACUUACUGAAAUAAUAUAUCCGGAUUUUAGGGAAACACCGUAUCUUCUAUCGUUCUAAAGAGCCAAAAAUUGUUUCCAGCGCUAUUAUAUCAGUUGGAAAUCUUUUCGAAAUUUUUACCUAUGACGAGCUAGGAGAUAAUUUUCCAAAACUGCUUGGCAUAGUGAUUAAUGGUCUUCACCAUAAAAACUCUAAAGUUGGAUGGGACUCGUGCAACACCUUAUUUAAAUUCUACGAUUUCCAUAAAGAUAAGUUUUAUAAUAUGUCUGAAAAACUGAUACCAAUACUUAUUAAUACCAUUAUUCAUCACCACAACUACCGAACAAGAAUUAGUACUUGCCAGAUUUUGAGAAAUUAUAAAGAAGAGCUAUACUCUUAUGAUGCAGAAUUGCUUAUUUCACUAAUAGAAAAUUUAGAGUCCGACAAAGAUUUAAUGGCUCUAGAUGCAACUGUAUUAAAAUAUCAAAGAUAUUUCAGGCAAGAGCUAAUACACACAUUGAUGCUUUUGGUAGUUAAUCGGCAAACCCUUGAUGAUGCAUUUGUAAAUGCUAUUGGGGAUAAUUUGUUUUUAAUUUAUGAAUGAAUGGAAAAACUAUUUGAAGAUUUUGAUGAAAAUCAUGACAGAAAUAGCCAAGAUAAGUUAAGUGAAAAAGAAUGAAUAGGAAACUUGGCGAAAGGGCUUGGCAAACUGAUCGAAUGGAUUGAGGCAACAGAUGAAAUACAAGUUUCAUUUGGACUUGCAGAAGGAUUAAAGAAUCUCUAUAAUGUAUAUCUAAUGUAUCUUAAUGCUUAA